AUGUCGUCAAAGAUUACUCCUACAAGCCGGUUUCCGAUGGUUGUUCAUGCGGCUUCCAGCAGACGCGAUUUGGUUUUCGCCGAAAAAUUGAGGAAAUUUCUGCACAGCAAGAAGAAGAAAGAUAUUUGCCAGCUAUUCUCUGAUGCAGCAAAAGAAAGUGGAACGGAUGGAGCCUUAGCUGGUGUAUGGUCUGAGGUGACUGCUCUGAUGGAUCGAAAGAGUCCAAGCGGGCGAGACGAUCCUACCGUUGUAAGCCUUUUGAUCGAAAAAGCGUGCACGUACUUACAAAACUUGUUUGUCGAACACAUGAAUACACAGGUGGAAAGGAACCUUGAACGUGCACAACGGGGAGGUAUACCUGGAACGAGAGGACUUGUUGAUGCGUUCCUAAAGAUUGGAGCUGAUGAUCCGUUCGCCGAAGAUGGAACUGUUGGAGGACUGCCAGUAUGGGAGGUGACCUACCACUGUUUGCGAUCUGGCGAUCUCUCUGCUGCUAAAGAUGCUCUAGAGCUCUUGGCCAACUUCCCUCAAGCUGCUGUUCUUGUUGCUUGUCUGAAUCACCUAAGCAAGGAAGCUAAGCUUGAUGUGGAGCUGAAGAAGAAGCUUAAGGUGGAAUGGAGGCAUAAUCUAAAUUCCGCAAAAGACAAGUAUAAAAGAGGCCUCUACGCAGCUCUGCUGGGGAUGGAUUCAAAUCUGGCCGACUCGCUUGAAAAUUGGCUUUGGUUCAAACUGUUCGCAUUGAAGAUUGAUCCUCAUCUCACGCCGGUCCUUUAUGCAGAAGUUCAGAAGAACGUUUCCAUUGAUUACGGAGAGUCCUACUUUAUGGCGGCAGGAACCUCUGAAUUCCAUUACUACUUUACUGCUCUUUGGCUCUCAGGACAGUUUGAACGGGCUAUAAAGUUACUCUUUGAUUGUGGCCAUGUUUCUGAUGCUGUGCAUGUUGCCAUCAUUACAAGAGAAAUGGGAUACUUACGGAACACCGCUGACGCCGCUGCAGAGAUGUUAGUGACAGAUUCUGUGCAACUCACAAAGUGCUCUUUCAACAUAGCUCGUUUGUUGGUUUCCUAUACUAAAGAGUUUGAGCUAGACGACGUUGCAAGAGCCCUAGAUUACUGGUUCCUUCUAAAGGGUUUACAAACCCCAACUGGUAGCGAUGUAUUCGAAAUGGCAGUUAGCAGAGCAGUAUACCUCACAGGUCAGGCAGAUGCAAUCAUUGGAACUCUUGGACCAGAUGGGAAACGUACUCCAGCUUUGAUCGAUGAGUAUCUAGAGGACUGCAAUUAUAUUAUAAGCCGUGUCGCUCACGAUACAGAGCUGGGAGGUGAUACAACUCAAGCAGUAAAGCUCUACAUGCUAGCUGACGCACCUGUUAAAGCAGUUGAACUGCUAUGUGCUGAACUUAGCGAUGCCAUCAGGGUUAACCGAACAAGGAUGAACGAACUACGUCGGCUGGCUGAAGAAUUUGUUUCGUCCCAGAAUGAUAUACGAGCAAACGUGCUGUCCACGCUGUGCAUUAUCUUGGACAUUUGUACUUUGAUAGAUUUAUGUGAAUCUGGCCUAGCAGACAAAGCACUGAGUGUCUCACAACAGUUGAGACUAAUCCCAUCGGAGACAGAGCAAGUGCCGGUAAUUGUAGGCGAGUUCCAUCUUAUACCACAGAAGGUGCGAGAAGUUAUACCUGAUCUCUGCCUACACCUCAUGCGUUGUAUGGUUGAUGCUAUUCAUUCUACUACAACUGUAAAUGUUAGGUACACUAAACAGGUGAAAGCUAUCGUCAUAUAUGCUGCCACAGUCAACUACAAAUUCCCUCAGCAUAUCACAUCGAAGUUGCUUCAACUACAGGCAUCAAUCGCUGUAUAA